AUGUGGCGUAUCAUCGAUCCCGGCUAUGUGUUACGAGCUAUGACUGGACAUCGGGUUCUGUCCACCGUACGAGGGCGUCAAUUAGAACAAGUGAACAAGCCACCAGGAUGUCAAGACAACGGCAAGAGCAACAGAUUCCCGAGUCAAGACCGAGAACCCACCAAUCAAGGUCAGAAGGUCGGUAAUUCCGCGACUAGAAGUGCGCGCAAUGCCGCAGAGCCGAGGAGCCGCGAAAGGGGCACGGACGAACCAGCGAAUAGAACCCGUGCCUUAUUCUCCGACGUGGCACGAGCCUCCAUCUAUUCCGACGGCUAG